UGUCACUUUUGAAGUUUUGAGUUUUCUGUUUUCCACUUUUGCAGUUCUGCGUGUUGUGGCUUCCUGACUUGCAGAAAAUUCUGUUUAUGUGUGCUGCGUCUCUCGUCAAGGGAAAACGCACCAUUUUGAAUAGUUAGAUUAAUUCUUGAACAGCGCCAUGUCGCUCGUGCGGAGACCCAGCCAGGAGUUGAGUGAGACACAGUUUGGGAAUUGGGAGGAGAACGCUGUGGCUCGAAGCUUCUCGGGUGGAAUCGCCGUUCUGCAGGCUGGCAGUGUGGCCGCGGAUCUCGUGGCGGCCUUCCUGAAUGCCAACCAACACAUGCUGCAGCAUGUGCAGCGUCUGCCGAACGGGAAGCAGCUGCUGGAGAUGUGUGAGGUGUACCGCGCGGACAUCUUUGCCUUUUUGCUCGGCAAGAAACUUCUGCCCGAUUUAGCGGAUUUGUGGACAACGGCUGCGAUGCGCGACGCAGCACCACUGUUUACUCCGGCAUUCCACGGUCUGGAUUUGUCCGUGGUUGCUACACACCGGAUGCUGGAAGGCAUUAACAACGAGACGAUGCACGAAAAACACCGGGAGUACUUGGAGGCCAUAGACGUGGCGUCACUGCUGAAGAAGGCGCGCGCGAACGCGAUCAUGGACCAUUACGCUGUGCAUCCGCCGAUGUGGUACUACAGCUGGUUGGUGGAAUACCUGAAGGUGCUGAGCAUUCUGUUCCCGGAGUGGGCCGGCUACGACGUGGUGGACGGAAUAGGUGAAUUUUUCGACAUCGAGGUGUUUUACGGGGCCGUCGUGACGACGGGUUACGAUCCCAAAGUGGUGCUGAUCGUCAGGGGGUGCUUGGGCCUGUGGCCGGGAAUGGAGAGGAUUGAUGAGCGCCACGAAGAGUUGAACGUGUGGGAUAUGUCCAAGCGCAUGCGCAAAGACGGAGUGGCCUGUUUUCCCGAGCGCAUGUUCUGGCUGUGUUUUCACGGGGUGCACUGCGGUGUCGGAUGGCAGGAGGGAGAGGCGUUUGCCCAACGCGUCUGGCCACAUGAAGAUGACGUUUAUCACGAUGUGCGCCGCGAUGAAUCGCUGCGAGAGCUGUGUGGCUUCGCGCAGUUGGUUGCAUGGAGAAUGAUGCAGGGUGACCCAGGCGUCCCCUCUUGCACACUGGUCGCUUCUGCUGGGGGUCGCGAUCAGUAAUGGGAAAAACGUGUUUUUGUUUGCCUUUACUUGGAGCCGUAUCACAGAGGCAGCCAUAAGUCGGCUGUCCGUGGUGAUCUCAGCGAGGGAGGGCGGUCAGAUGAAGUCCUGUCUGUUGAGGAAAUUCCGAAAAAUGUGCGAUUGAGCGGAAUCGAACCGCUGGCUACCGAGUGUGAUCCACGUAGCACAGCCACUGUGCCAUCGCCGCUGUUGGCGAAGAUCAAGAUAUUUGUGCUUGAGCUUGAACCAACCAGGUAGGCGGCAGAUGGGCGGCUGUUGUGUGUACAGAGGAUUCUCCUCUUUACAGCCGAAAGUAUUUCGUAAUAU